AUGCUGACCUGCUCUAGAGGCGUUGCCUUAAAUUCGAAGACUCGCGCAACUUCUGGAUACACAAUCGAACAACGUUCGCCUGUGGAAAUGUCACUCCCAAGCAAUUUCGUCUGGGGAUUCGGUACGGCGAGCUAUCAAAUAGAAGGCGCAACUGAGGAUGAUGGGAGAGGUCCAUCCAUUUGGGAUGCAUUCUGCAAGAUACCAAACAAGAUUGCGGAUGGUACUGACGGUCGGACGGCCUGUGACUCCUACCACCGCGCAGCCGAAGACAUUGCCUUAUUGAAGGAGUACGGGGCAAAAGCCUAUCGGUUUUCGGUCUCGUGGUCCUGA